AUGGUACUCGAUGAUGUUCCAGUACGGCCAAAAAGGCCAUCCAUUCCGGGGGCGUAUUCACGUGGCCUGAGCGUUGGAAAACAUGAGCUAUCAACUGGUUUGAACCGACUCCAAGGGCUCUUACUUGUGGACAAUGAGCCCUCCAACUCUCGCCCACUUACAAUCAACUCACCGGAGAGGUUCGGAAAGAUCCAAGAUCAAGACAUGACAAGAAAUUGCACUGAGUCGCCAAACAAACGCUACACAUACCCUCACACAUUCCAUGCCUCAUCAUCGUCCACGUCUUCAGACUUCCAAAAAAGUGAAUCGGGGGCUUCAUACAGUACCGAGCUUAGCACCGCCCCCAGCACCAGCCCCAGCCCUAAGUUAACCCCUCAGGGGUUGCCUUUGCCAGAAGUAAAGAUCGAUGACUGUCUUUCACCAGAGACGCAUGAAGGAAACCAUCCAGGUGUCCGAGAUGAUCCUUACCGGAAUCCAGUACAAAUCCCUGGCUGUCUGCCACCAACAUUUGUUUACCCCCAUAGCAGCUCAUCCAUAAGAGAGUCAUAUCAUGACAGAUUCCGGGAGGUUGUAAACCUGUUCCGACGAAACACAUACGAGGAUCCAAAACUACGAGAGAGUAUGCGGUUCAUUGACUAUACACUGAAGCUAUGCGGGACUUCGCCAGCAGAUGCCCGUCCAUCUAUCCUUGCCUUUUGCCGAAAAAGCGACUUCAAGGCACUCAACCGACUCUUGACUAACAAGGAGCUCAAAUAUCAGUACUGUCUUCGUCGAUCGUCUUGGAGGCCAACAUGGUUGGGGCAAGAGACAGCAGCUAGUACUACGAGCGAUAAGCCGUUGUUUAAUCUGUAUUUCUGGCGCCAGGGCAGACCAAGAAGCCUCUUUUGGGGAAAAUGCCAUGCCAAAGUACACGACAGUCGAAGCGAUGCGUACCCUGAGAAAGUAGGAAAGCAUUUGAUAUGUGGCUCCAUUGUUGAGAUUCGCAUAAAGGACAUCCAGUUUUCGACCCUCGGCUUCACUUUGCAGAUUGGCUCUGAAUGGUACACCACCACGUCAAGGCAUGCGUUUAGACAUGCAUUCGGGCCACCUACAGCGGAACAUUUCGAUGGGGAGUCGAAACCUCCUAUCUCAAUCACAAACCCAGUGACAGAACCCGGAAGAGAGGAUGAACGGAUCUAUGGCUCUGAUUCAGACCCUUCCGAUGCCGCCGCAGAGGACUAUUUAGUAGAUGAUAUCGAAUAUGAAAGCCUCCCGGAAGACGAGGAAGACGACUGGGAUGAGGAAGAGACCCAAAUUGCACUUGAUAGCUACUGGGAUAAGAUCAAUUCUACGCACAGUAAAGGCCAAGAUGAGGCGACCGAGGAGGCACCUGUGAUCUUCAUAACGUCGGGUGAUCUCGACAAAUCUGGCGACCUUGACUUGGACUGGGCCCUGCUUAAAUGGGAGAAGCCUAACGGCCAUAUCUGGGUUCCAAAUACAUAUGGGUCACCCGGCUUGCGAAGUACCAUCCUUCUAUCCAAGGUUUCCCAGUCUCAGCCGGUGAAGGAAACUUCAAUUUUGGUACUAACAAGUCGCCAAUCGCCACAGCAUGGAGUGCUACAGCCUGGCACUGCCAUGCUGGGUGGAAUAAGUGGGAGACAAUCAUCCAUCGCAUGGAUUGUUCUAUUGAAUGAGAAGAGGAGUCUCACGUAUGGUGAUUCUGGAGCGCUCGUCAUUGAUGCGUUGACUAACGACAUCUAUGGUCAUGUGAUUGGGUCCAAUCCUCUAGGUGAAAUCUACAUCAGCCCAUUCGUCUCGGUAUUGCAGCAGAUUCGACAGAAGUUUCCUGGGAAAGCCUUGUCACUACCGGGGCCCCUUGAAAUGAAUGCCAAUGCUUCUGCUACUACGGACGAUAUCAUUGAACUUUAUCAUUCACUGCCAGAUCUGCCCAAGGGCAAGGGUUUACCCAGAUUGAGUGAGCUAAGCCAGCCACGUCGGGCCUUGCCACCGACCUCCAAGGCUGUACUGUUUCAGUCCGACAGUAUAGUAGAGGUUGAAGAAGAACACUUCGAAGACUCACAGUUUGGUGUUCCAUAUACGUAUCCUGAUUAUGACUUAGGGGCUGAAGGAAUCUUCUUUCAUACGGUCCGGAAGCACUCUAUGGCAGAAGAUAUCGAUGACUUAUUUUCAUAUUUCAAAGAGCCACCUUUGGGGCAUACUAAAUUGCAGGCUUCUAAUCCAUCUUCAGCCUCAUCGAAUACUUCUGCCCAUGGUCCACCUUCGGGAUUUUUUCGUUCCCCGAGAGAUGCCCAUUACCGGCAAACUCAUGAUCCUCGAGUUAACAGCCUUGAAGGAGCUAAGAGGUAUCGAGAUACAUCACGUUAUGUCCCUGUACCCACAGCUACUGCCCCGGGCCUGAUCCGAGCAAGGCGGCAUAUUAAUUCACCUCUUCGUGAUGCGCCACCUCCUCCUCCUCCUCCCGUGUUUACAUUGGCUCAAAGGCAUUCUAACGCCGAAGGUUUCUCACCACCACGGAGAUAUGAUAGACCUGGGUCUCUCUACCAAUCUCGUUACGAAAAUCGUAGUGAAGUCCAAAGCGAAGGAGACAACGAUACUGAUAGACCGCCGGCUCAGCAUUAUCCUAGACCCCAAAGAGAUGACCGAAAUCUGCAUGAACCUCGAGCAGAGCUACACCAUGACGGAGACGUAUCGUAUGGGCAAUAUUAUGAAGCUGGGAAGAUGUCGGAUGCUAGCCUUCAGUUCCACAUGGAUCGUCUAAGAGGCGUCAGAACACGACAUGACCAGUCCAACGUUCUGCAUCAAGACCCAAGGACCAUAUCGGGAAUCAGACCGAUCGUCCAUAAUCAUUAUCAUCAUCAUCCUCGGGCGAGAGACCUAAAAACGAUGAGUCCUGAAGACGAGGAUAAAUAUGCAGCUGUGUUAAAAUACCAAGAGGACGUCAACAACUCGAUUCCUCUUACAGCUGAAGCUCUGCGGAGGGCGAGGAAUGCGGGGGGUAGUGAAUCAAGCAGAAGAAGCACUACCAGCUACGCCACGAGUCGAAGUUCUGCUAGUGUCAGGACGGGGCGUACGUCCCAGAGCCACGAUACAGAUAUCACAGCUCCAUCUGAAUAUGGGGAAAGUGAUGCAGGUACCCUAGGGAGUCGGCAGUAUUCCAUUGAUGACGACAUAAGGAUAUCAGUCGCAGAGCUUCCUCGGAGGGCUCCACGUGAAAAUGUUGGAGAUUCGCUUCAAAGACUGCGGGCGGAGUACAACCGUUCACCUCCCGAUGGGUUGUUCUCGAGACAUGAUGAGUCCAGGCCAAAUAAUACCCGGCACUUGCAUUCGGCAGGAAUGACAGAUGGGGACCAUAAGCUGGAGCGUACGCCCCUCUUGGCCCGCAGGGAGAUGGAAAGGGCCUUGGGAGUAAAACCCGAAUACCAGAAUACAAUCGAACUUGAUGAACUUGAUAGACUUGAUAGAUCAUGA